ACCCAAGCCCAAAAUCCCAAAACCAAAAAUUACCCAAAUCCAAAACCCACCAAAACAAAACCCAAACCCAAAACCCACCAAAACAAAACCCAAACCCAAAAACAAAACCCAUUUAACAAAAAGAAAAAAAAAAGGGAAAUAAAAAAUAUAUAUUUCGGGAGUUUUCUUCCUCCUUCCCCGCCCCCGGUUUUCUCGUUUCCUUCUCUCCCCCUAAACCCGCCUAGCUCCUACGCCCCUAGCUCAUGCGCCCUACCCGCCCUAUCACCGGACUAGCCAUCAUCACACCCUCGCACCCCCUGCAGCUACGCCCCUGCUCCCUGCUCUGCGCCCAGAUCGUCUGCACUCUGCUGCACCCGGCCUUGCUUCCUGCACCCUGCUGCACCCGGCCUUGCUUCCUGCACCAGCUUUGCUCUGCACCAGCUCCUGCGCUCUGCACCAGAUCGCCUGCACUCUGCUUGCCCUGCUGCGCCCCACUGCUGGCAAUGAUGCCCCUACACGCCCGAGCCAUCAUCAGCACUCCACGCCCCUGCCUCCCUGCACACCGAGCCUGCACUCUCCCCUCUGCGCGCCUGAUCCUGCAAUCACGCCCCUGUUGCUUGCACGCCAGCCACUGCUGCUGCACCGCGCCUGCACUCCUGCUCGCUACAGUAUAUGCCAGACGAAAUCUUCAUCAUUACUGAUUGACAGGAGCAAGUCUUUUUAUUUAUUUUAUUUUUUAUUUGGGUAUAUAUAUAGAAAAAAUCAGAUUGAAGGGGAGGUCGGUAUUGAUUUUGGGGGGGAUGGUUGGUUGAUUUUGGGUCUCUUUGUUGGGGAGUCUCGCCUGGGUUUUUGAGAGCAGAAGAAGGAAAUUCUGAGGAGAAGAGGGGGGUCUUUUGCUGGUUGAUUUUCGAGUCGAGUGUAAAAAGAAGAUCGAUUCUGCUCGCUGGAGGUGGGAAAACAAAAGGGUAUUCUUGCUUUAGGUAAUCUCCUGAACAGAGGGAUUUUUGGGAAGGAUAGUGAAGGAGACGAACGGAGCCUGGUCCCGUGGGUGGGAUCCCUCCCUUCCGAUCUGGAUCUACCUCCUCCUAAAAAUUCCGCCGUGGGUGUUUCUGUUAUUUUCUGUUGAUUUUGUUUAGAUCUGUCCUUAAGCUUGUAUGUGUUUCGUUGGAAAAUGAAUGAAAAUAAAAAAAAAAAGAUUGU